GCUCAUGUGACGAUCCGCUAGGGGUUCCAACUUCCUACCCAGCUAACUCAAACCAAUCACACGUGUUCAAUCCCCACACGUUUGGAGAAUAUAAUAAACAGUCGGGGUCCCUUAGUAGAAUUGGAAAACAGCAACCGUUGAGUUCUUUGUGAAAAAAAAAAAAAAAAGGCCAUGGCGUUGAACGGUGGGAUGAGAUCGGCUUCUAUGCUUCUGACUUCGUCAUCUCAAUCGCUUCUUUCCAAGUCAGCCAAUAGAGGGUUUCAUUCCACUGGAGUGAAGAGGAUGGGAGGAGGCCAUGCGCAUGGCCAUGAUGAACCAUAUUACCUUCAUGCUAAGCAUAUGUACAACUUGGACAGGAUGAAACAUCAAAAGCUCAAGAUGUCUCUUGGUGUUUUCACAGCCUUCAGCAUUGGUGUCUUUGUUCCCGUCUAUGCUGUCAUUUUCCAGCAGAAAAAGACUGCAUCUGGCUGAAUUCUGAUGCUUAUCCUUCAUGGCUGGAAUAACAGAAGCAACUCGGGAGUCAGGAUGCUUUUGAAAUCAACUUUUGAAAUGGUUUGAUUUGAUGAUUUUGCACAGUUUUGGUGUUUUAACAUUUCUGAAUGUUUUGUUCACUGUUGAUUAUUGGAAUUUAGGGUUGGUAAUAUUUUGCAUUUUGAUACUAAUAAAAUUUGGUGGUCCAAUAUCAAUUUGCAAGGUAAA